AUGGAAAGUAAACGUGAAAAAGUAGUCAAUAUUAUUACACUAACGGAUGAAUCUAAUGAAGAAAUAACAAUUAUGAAUAGUAUGGACGAAAUAAAUCGCAAAAGAAAAAGAUGUUGGGGUCUUUCAUCAUGCUGUGCCCGUGAACGAUCCGAAAGUGCCCAAAUGAUUGCUGGAAAGUCCAACAUGUCAAGUCCACCAACAAAAUGUGAAAAAUUCAAGUCCUGUAUGUGCUAUCCAUUUAAAAGACGAAAAGUGGAAGGAAUGGAAAUGGAGGAGGAAAAGCUUUCGUGGUGGAAAAGAAUUUGCUGUUGUAGUACGUGCUGCAAAUGUUGCAAAAGUGGAAAUAUGGAAGAGGAGAAAAUGAAAAAGAAGAAAGUGAUGAAACAGAAAAUGUCGCAAAAGGAUAAGCCACCAUCAUAUUGGAAUCGAAUGAACUGCUUCAAGUCUUGUAAGCCAUGCUGCAGUAGAAUUACUGAUUGCUGCUGUUCAAAAUGCUGCCGUAAAAGACAAGAUUCCAUGGCAUCAAUGGAAUCGACCGAUUCAAAGCCAAACCAAACGCCAAGUUCGUGCACGAGAUUUUUUUGCUUCUGCUGUUUGUGUUGCCGAAAGAGUCCAGCUCCGUCCGAGCAAGAAAAGCGGAUUAGUAUGACAAGUGAAGAAAGUCAACAAAAUGGUAAUUGCUGUUCACGAAUGUGUACGACACUUUUCUGUGGUUGUUGUAAGAAGAAAGUUAAGAAAGAUAGUCGCAGGACAAGCAUGUUGAGUAAAAAGCAGAGUUUGGCACCAACUCUUCCUCCUCCAGAGGAUCAAAAGCCAAAGCUAGAUAUGGUUUUAGUGGAGCAUGCAUCACUAAUGAAAGGAGCAAUUCCAGUCAUGCCUCUUUUUCUCGCCUACUUUUGUCUAGUCUGUAAUGUUAUAAUCCCUGGAAGUGGCACAAUAUUUAGUGGCUUGUUCUGUCUUUGCAUUGGUAUACCAAGAUUUUCACAACACGAUGGUGCUCGCGGGAGAAUCGGAUCUUUUAUUAUAAACUGUAUUGUUGGUGCUUCCCAAGCUUUUACGAUUAUUUUUUGUCUCGUUGGAUGGGGUUGGUCAAUAUGGUGGGGAACAAUCAUGAUUAACUUAUCAAAACGCUACCGUAAAAUUAAGAAAGCUGAUAAGCUACGAGCAGAAGACAUCGAACGAGAAGCAGCAAUGGCUGCAGAAAAAGCCGGUGUCAUGCCAAAGCCUCCAAUAACGAGAGGAAAAUCCAGAGACGUUGAACGAGGAAUUAAUUAA